CGGCCCGAAGCUGGGGUCGCUUCGCCAGUAGGAGGGAGGUGGACGCGUCAGCUAGUCGUUAGUGGCGGCCGCAUUUGUGAAUCCCCCCAACAGCGGGGCGGAGGCUGAAGAGGCGCGCGGUGGUUUGAGGUUGCAGCAGUGGAGAGCCGGGUCGCCCCCUUGGCGGGGUCUGGGGUCUGGCCUCCGCCCGGGGGGGGAAGGGAUCGCCCCCCUCUGACCUCUGGACGAGGCUCUUCUGCUGGGGCCUCUCCCGUUUCACUCCAGCCGCUGGACACUUCUUUGUACCUCCCAACUCCAGGUUUUGGGAGCGGGGUUCCCUUUCAUCACCCUCCCCCACCGCCGUUUUUAGACUUAGAGAAAAUCUUUAGAUUUGCAAAGGUUGCAGAGGUUCCUCUAAGGUUAGCAUCUUGCCUCGCUGUGUUGCAAUGCUGCACGCACUCUUUGUCAACACUAAGAAAUUAACAUUGGCUUAAAACUGAAGGAAGUUUAUCCCGAUUUUACCAGUUUGGACACUUUUUUUUUUUUUUUUUGCAUUUAGUCGGCCUUGAUUUUUACUGAUGUUAAAGCUGUAAUUUGUCCCGUAACCCUACCUUUGCUGCAACGACCCCUACCUCCCUCCUCCAUGAAUUACUUUUUUAAAAGCUAGGAAAUAAUAGCACAGUCUUUGAAUGGAGCGAGGAUGCCUAGUUACUGAUAUACAGCAUUGAAUGAAAUAAUCGUGCUGUCAUGUAGGAAGUAGUCCCAUGGGACCCAUAUAUCCGUUUUCAGUUAUAUAGAUAAAUAGGUUAAUUUAAGGACAUGCCACUUAGACUAAUUUUUAAGUUGGUUGCUAUCAGCAUUUAAACUUUGGGGGGGAGGCAUCUUUGGAUUUACUCUACAUGUUACUAUACAUUUCUUUGAGAUAGGAUUACCUCUUGUAGCCAUUGAUUCCCCAUCCCCCUAUUCAUUAUUCUAAAACAAGAAAACACACUACUCAAGUGCUAAGUAAAUGGAAGACCCUGGUAGAUGGCUUUUUCUCAUAUCUUAAGGAACUGCCAAUUUCUUUAUCAUAGGUGAUAAAACAAACUGAAUGAAUGUAUGCAUUUCUUUGCCUGUUGUGCAGCAGUUCAAGGUCAAAUGAUAUCAACAGGAACUUCUUCCUCCAGGAUCAUAGUACAUGUGGAUCUGGAUUGCUUUUAUGCACAAGUAGAAAUGAUCACAAAUCCAGAACUAAAGGGCAAACCUUUAGGAGUUCAGCAGAAAUAUUUAGUCGUUACCUGCAACUAUGAAGCUAGGAAACUUGGAGUUAAGAAACUUAUGAGUGUCAGAGACGCAAAAGAAAAGUGUCCACAACUGGUAUUAGUGAACGGAGAAGACUUGACUCGUUAUAGAGAGAUGUCAUAUAAGGUUACAGAGUUGUUGGAAGAAUUCAGUCCAGUUGUUGAGAGACUCGGAUUUGAUGAAAAUUUUGUGGAUCUAACAGAAAUGGUUGAGAAGAGACUACAGCAGUUUCCAAGCAGUGAACUUUCAGCCAUUACUGUGUUGGGUCAUGUGUACAAUAAUCAGUCUGUAAAUCUGCAUGACAUCUUGCACAUCAGACUACUGGUUGGAGCUCAGAUUGCAGCAGAGAUGAGGGAAGCCAUGCAUAAUCAACUGGGGCUCACUGGCUGCGCUGGAGUGGCUUCUAAUAAACUACUGGCAAAACUAGUCUCUGGCAUCUUUAAACCAAAUCAGCAAACGGUCUUAUUACCUGAAAGUUCUCAAGACCUUAUUCAUAGUUUGAAUCACAUCAAGGAAAUGCCGGGUAUUGGCUUUAAAACUACCAAACGUCUUGAAGCCCUGGGGAUAAACACUGUACAUGAUCUUCAAACUUUUCCAUCUAAAGUGUUAGAAAAGGAAUUAGGAAUUUCAGUUGCCCAGCGAAUCCAGAAGCUCAGUUUCGGAGAGGAUCAUUCUCCUGUGAUGCCCUCAAGACCACCUCAGUCCUUUAGUGAAGAGGAUUCAUUUAAAAAAUGUUCAUCAGAAGUCGAAGCUAAAAAUAAGAUUGAAGAACUACUUGCUAGUCUUUUGAACAGAGUGUGCCAAGAUGGAAGGAAGCCACAUACAAUCAGAUUAAUAAUCCGUCGAUACUCAUCUGAGAAACACUAUAGCCGUGAGAGUCGCCAGUGCCCUAUUCCAUCCCAUGUAAUUCAGAAGUUAGGGACAGGAAACUAUGAUGUGAUGACCCCACUAGUUGAUAUACUUAUGAAACUUUUCCGAAAUAUGGUGAAUGUGAAGAUGCCAUUUCAUCUUACCCUUUUAAGUGUGUGCUUCUGCAAUCUAAAGACAAUAAAUAUUGCUAAGAAAGGGACUAUUGAUUACUAUUUGACACCAUCGAUGUCAACAACCUCACACUCUGGCAAGCGCAGUUUUAAAAUGAAAGACACUCACAUAGAAGAUUUUUCCAAAGACAAAGAAACAAAUUGGGAUUUUCCACCAACUAGAAGAAUUGAAAACAUAAGUACAGGAGAAUCUCCACUUGAUAGUACAAAUUUUUCUAAAGAAAGAGAUCUUAAUGAAAUCCCAAUCUGCCCACUUCCUGAGGAUAUUGACCAAGAAGUCUUUAAGCAACUUCCAAUAGAUAUUCAAGAAGAAAUUCUUUCUGGAAAAUCUAGAGAACAAGUUCAAGGGAAAGGAAGUUUAAAUUGCCCAUUACAUGCCUCUAGAGGAGUACUAUCUUUCUUUUCUACAAAUCAAAAGCAAGAUAGUCUGGUAAAUCCUAGAGAUCAUUUAUCGAGUAGCAAACAGAUGACCUCUGUAUCUCCCUGUGAACCAGGGACAUCAGGUUUAAAUAGCAAUAGUUCUUACCUACCAAACCAAAAGGAUUAUUCGCAUUACUUAGACAGUAGAUUAAAAGAUGAAGGAAUGAGUCAAGGACCUAAAGAAUCUCAAGGAUUCCACUUUUUAAAUACAAGCCCUCCAGUCUCUAUUUUCCCUUCUUUUCCAAAUUCGCAGAGUGAACAACUUUUCUCCAAAAACCACAAUGCAGAUAACCAUAAGCAACCAGUAGGAAAAGUACCUCAUUGUGAAGGACUUACAAAAAGUAGAGAACAAGAUUCUACUGAUGAAAAAAUUACUUUUCCUUCUGAUGUUGAUCCUGGAAUUUUUUAUGAACUCCCAGAAGAGGUACAAAAAGAACUGUUGGCAGACUGGAAGAGAACAGGAUCAGAUUUCCACAUUGUACAUAAAUAAGCAUGUUCGGGAAAAAGGUCUAUAAAAAGCAAGGGAAAGAUGACUAUUGUUCUCAGAUUAACAGUUUAUUAAGCUCUUUUAAACACUGUUAUUCAAUAAUGUAGAAAUACAACAUAAAAUGUUACAGAUAAAGCAAGAAUAGUUACAGGAAGUAAAUUCUGACAGGAAGCAUAAAAAUACACAUUACAAAAAAAUAAUGUAAAAUAUUAUUCACUUAUUUCUAUAACUAUUUUAUAAUGCUUUUCAAUAAAAAGAAUUAUCAUGGUCA